AUGCUUCUCUCCUCUUUGAUCUCCCUUGUCAUCUCUGCGCCUCGAGUUUCGGCUACACAGGGCUCCAACUUCAAUGUGUCUAUCCAGACAGCUGAAUCAUACGGAUGUGCCGAGCAAUGCUAUGCAACUCUUCAGAUGGGCAAUGAAGCGGACCUUUCUACGCUCGGGUAUGAUUUCGACUUCGAAUUUUUCAGUGUCGCGACGAACUUUAGCGAUACUUCCAGACCUGGAGAUCUACUCAAGCUGAAGCCAAUCGAUCCAACCAAUCUCACCACUAUUUCUGGCGUAUCCGUCUAUCGAAUGCAGUACGUCUCCCAAGAUGAGCACGGUGCACCUGUGCCGGUCAGUGGAGCCAUUAUUCUACCUUUCGCUCUUCCCCGAUCUGGUGUUUUUCCUUUGAUGGCUUGGGCUCACGGUACCAUUGGUGCUUACAAUGGCUGCGCGGUAUCAAACAGUCCAAACUUAUGGGAUUACGAUAGCUGGUCCCUAAUGAGUGAAAGGGGAUAUGCCAUCGUCGCCACUGACUAUACUGGACUGGGUGUUGAUUAUACCACACACAAGUAUGGCAACUUCCCUCUGCAUGCAAAAGAUGUUUUUUUCUCCGUAAUUGCUGCGCGCAAGGCUUUUGGUCGCACACUGUCCAAGCACUGGAUGGCAGCUGGGCACUCCCAAGGUGGUGGUGCCGUUUGGAAGCUAGCCGAGGAUGUUCAGAGUCUGUCCUCAGAUUGCAACCAGACACAUGAGGCACGGAAUUAUCUGGGGACUGUUGCUCUUGCACCUGCGACCAGGAUCAUCGACAUGGCUGUCACAGCAGCAUCCCAGCUUGCUGUAUCUACAGAUUUCCACGACUCUUCUGCUUUCAGUUUGUUGCCCUUGCUCUCGAUAGCAUUGAAGCGUUUCGAUUCACGAUACAACCAUUCCAUUCUCGCCGAUCCCAUGAAAGCCCGCAUAGAGCUUUCAGAUCUCGCUCAGCUCUGCGCUAGCGCGAUGUUAGGAUUGACGCUAGAUCUCAACUUCACUCAAGUGGGAGAUCUGAACGGCUUGUCAGAAUUGGAUGCGGAAAUUGCCUACAGAUUUCAGAACCAGACUGCGCCGACGCAAGGGACCAAGGCUCAUCACCCAAUCCUUGUUGUUCAAGGCAUAAACGAUACUGCAAUUCUUGCCGAGACGACCGUGUCCUCCUACAACGCUGCUUGCCAAACCGGAAGCGAGAUUCAUUUGAUGCUAUAUGCUAAGCAAGAUCACUCUGGCGUACUCACUACGGGUGCUGUAGAUUGGUUGAAGUGGAUCGAACAACGCUUCUCCGGCAUUGCUACAUCUGGGCGUUGCGAUAAAAUUGAGAAAAAGGCUUUCGAUUAUGCUUAUGUUCGAGCUGCUCCUGAAGUUGAUCCAAGCUCCGGCACUCUCAAUUGA